AUGCCUGACCUUCACACGACCGGUCCAGAGGGCGGGCAGGUCAGGAGACAAGUUGAAAUGAGACACAAACCACGGUCUGGAGGGCUUAAUAGUAAGAGCUCGAAGUGUGCCUCAAAGUGUAUGCACGGACCUGUGUCUAUGAGAGGCGGCGGUGGUUCUACAGGCGGGGGUGAGGUGGAGAUUGGAAAAGUAAAUAGACCGACUGAUGAGCUGGAGACUGAUCGCAUUGGACAUACCAACUUCUUGGGCAAAAAUCAUAGGAUUGACUGA